AUGAUGGAAAGGCAAGAUCGUUGUACAAAGAUGCCGAAGAAAGCUUCUGGAAUGAAAUGUUCCAAAGACAUGGUGAAAUCAAUUCGAGAUGGAAAGUCAAUCGACUUCAAUGCGAUUGCUCCAAGAUUGAAUGCUCCAAAUCAAACUGAAGCUGUUGCAAGAGAAACAGAGAUGAUUCAAAACAAGAUUCUCUAUUCUGCAAAGCUCGACGAGAACAUGCGAAGAUCAGCCUAUUUCGAAAUGAGCAAGAGAACCGUCAAAUCAAACAUCAUGCUGAAGUUUGUGACGAAGGCGAUGGAUAUCAAGCUUCGAGGUGAAGCCGAUUUCACGACUAAUCUUGAAGAUCCAAUCGAACUCUUGAAACGUAUUGAACGAUUCAUGAAGAAGAGUGCUGAUGCUGAGUAUGACUUCGUGGAUUUCUGGGAAGCAAAUCAAAAGUUCUUUGCUAUGAAGCAAGGAACAACCAAAAACUUGAUGCAUUUCAAGGAACGAUUCUUGAGACAGGCUGAAGUCAUGCAAGAUCUAUAUGGCGUUGCCUGGUUCCAAAAUUUUGCAGUCAAGACGAAAGCGUAUGCUGCUAUUGCUAGCACCAAUACUACUGCUAGAGACAAGUUCAAGGAUGAUAUCUUUGAAGCAGUUCUUGCAACAGGAUUCCUGUGCAACUGCGAUCAAACGAGAACAGCUCCUCUGAUGCUGGAUCUUCAGACAAACUAUUGCAGGGAAGUGGAUUAUUAUCCAAAGACGGUCAGCAAAGCACAAGAUAUGUUAAAGAUUCACAUGGAUGUGAUCAAGAAUCCGGGAGUGAACCUGUACCAAGGAAAAGACCAGCCAAAUAAAGGUAAAGGUAAAGGGAAGGGUAAACCAAAGGAUGAAAAGAAAAAGGCGGCAUGUUAUGUAUGUGGCAAAGAGGAUCAUAUGUCUCCAAAAUGCCCAGACAGACUGCUACCAGAGACUCAAUGGAAACAUCCGAAACACUAUGUUGAUUACGGGAAGAAGCUCAAUCUUAAUCAGAUUGGAGCAACUGUCCCAGCUACUGUUCCAGCUAUAGUUCCUGAAGCUUCAGCAUCCACAAGUGGAGCAUCAAGUGUUGCGGGAAGCGUUAACACACCUUUACGACUUGCUGCUACUACAGGUAAUCAAAUGAUACAAAAUCCUACAGGUAAUCAAAUGAUGCAAGUUCCUUCGGGAAUGCAGCUCAUGCAGAUUCCAACUCAAGGUGGCGGCACUGUUACUGUCCCUUAUUCAAUGAAUGCUAACGGUGAAAUUGCGUUCAAUGGAAUGCAACUCAGCCAACAAGGCUUCAGUGGUGCUCAAAUGCGCCAAGGAUUUGAUGCAACUCAAGCUCGCACUCCGCAAGUUGUGAAGACUGGCUAUUUUGAUACGUCAAAUGUCUUUCUUAUUCCAUGUCCUGCUGGAACGACUAACGUUGAACUUCAAUCCGACUGGCACUACGCUAGUAAAAAUGAAGACUUGCCUGAUCUUGCUACUGAAGCAGAUCGAG